AUGUAUCCAAGAAAGCCAAAAACGCACUUGUGUUUCGAAAAAUACUACUGCCAAAUAAAAAUUCCGUUCGUAAUUUACGCACAUUUCGACUCGAUACAGGUUCCUCUGAACAAAACUAGGUCUGCAAUUUUGCACAAACCGUGCGGAUUUGUUUACUCCGUCAAGUGUUCCUACGACGAUUCGUUGUCCAAAUGCGAAGACUACGUUGGAGAAGAUAGUCCUAAGGUAUUUUGGGAAAAAAUCACUAAGGAUGCUGCAGAAAUCGCACAAAAGUUGAGAAAAGAAGUACAACCUAAAACCUUGACCGACGAUGAACAAAACCAAUUUAAUACGGUGGAGGAUUGCCAUUUUUGCCACAAGAAACUGACGGCUAGGAGAUACCAGGACUUCCAUCCAUUGACAGGAGAUUUCUUGGGGGCCGCCCAUUACAAAUGCAGAAGUAUGCCAAAAGUCCUAUUUGACAUACCAGUGGUGAUGCACAAUUUGGCAAAGUAUGGGUUACACUUUCUGUAUGAAAACUUGGACGCCGCAGAACUUAAAAGUGUUUUUCGUUUUGGUGAUUGUGGAUUUAUGCGAACUUUUUCUAACUUUAAGCUGCGUUUUAUUGACUCAAAACGGUUUAUGAGUGACGAGAAACCAGAAGAUUUAGAGAAAAUCUUAAAAGACGUGAAGAAAAAGCGCCUGAAGAAAGAAUUUAAGAAGAAGGCUGUAUUCGACUUGAUGAAGAAAAAGUGGCAUUUUCCGUUUUAUCACGUCGACCAGUUUGAAAAAUUUCAAGAGGAAGAACUGCCCGGGAAAAAUGGUUUUAAGGAUCAUCUUCGCAAUGAAACAAUUUCGGCUGAUGAAUACGAAAAGUGUUUAGACAUUUGGGAUAAGUUUAAAUGCAAAACAAUAGGUGACUAUUUUAGACUCUAUUUAAAAUGUAAGGUUUUUUUGUUAGAAGAUAUAUUUGAAAAUUUUAGGGACGUAUUUUUAAAUAAGUACCAACUAGAUGCAGCACAUUACUUUACGGUAGCUAGUUUUUCGUGGGAUGCUAUGUUAAAAUACACAGGUGUAGAGUUAGAGUUGUUACAAGAUCCUAACAUGAUCAGUUUUAUUGCUUCUAAUAUUCGUGGAGGUAUCUCACAAUGUAGCAAAAGACACGUGAAAGCUAAUAACGUUUAUUGUAGUAAUUACGAUAAGAAAAAGAAAUCUAGUUUUAUAGUUUAUUUAGAUGCAAACAAUUUGGGGGGUUGGGCUAUGUCCCAAAAUCUCCCUAUAUCUGGUUUUACUUGGUUAAGCAAGACCGAUAUAAAAACACUCCAAAAUACUAUUUCUAGCUUAGAUGAAAAUGGUGAGUUUGGAUAUAUCUUUGAAGUAGACUUAGAUUAUCCUCAAGAACUACACCAACUUCACAAUAAUUUGCCCUUUUGUUCUGAAGUUAUGUCAGUUCCUCCUCCUUCAGCAAAUCCGAAAAGUACCUCCGAAAAAAAGGUACUAAAUUUUUAUCACAAACGUAACUAUGUAAUUGACUAUAGAACUCUAAAACAAUGUCUACAAUACGGCUUAGAACUAAAAAAAGUUCACAGAGUUCUAAAAUUUAAACAGUCCAAGUGGUUACAGUCGUACAUUGAUUACAACACGAAGUUGAGAACUAAAGCUAGAAAUGACUUCGAAAUCAAACUUUUCAAGUUGCUCAACAACACAAUCUACGGAAAAAGUAUUCAAAGAUCAUACAACAACAAAAACUCCUACAAUUCAACUAACCAUAACAUCAGCCUCGACAAACCCAUUUACGCCGGAUUUACUAUCUUAGAACUUCAAAAAAUGUUCAUGUAUGAGUUUCAUUAUAAACACAUGGUUUCCAAAUAUGGUGACAAAAUUAACCUUCUUUACGUAGACACAGACGGUUUUAUUUACGAAAUUCAAACCGAUGACUAUUUUAAGGAUAUUAAAACCGACAAAAAGCUUCUGAAGUUAAUGGACACUUCAAAUUUCGACGCCAAGUGGGAUAUCCCCAAAAGGAACAAAAAAGUUGUUGGUAAGAUGAAAAAUGAGUAUGGUUCAAAAAUCAUACAAGAAUUUCUUGGUGUGCGGGCCAAAGUGUACUUUUUGGAUGUUGAAGGGGAGGAAGUAAAAAAAGCAGCAAGUGUGAAAAAUGAGAACAAGCUUGUCAACGUGAUUGGACGUGACAUUCAUAGAAAAAGAGACAAAGAUAGUCCACAAAAUUUAGAUCGCAGGAUUUGGUUCCAACAGGAUGGGGCACCACCACAUUAUGGUGUAAAUUUAAAGAUUUUUUGGAUAAUCAAUUUGAUGGAAGACGUGGACCAAGAGAAUGGCCACCUAGGUCUCCGGAUCUGA